CAUUUGAAUAUAUCCCCGAUUCUGAAAUCACUGGACUCACCGGUUCCGAGGAGGAUCUCCUAGAUAAAACUUUAUCUAUCGACGAACAACCACCGAAAAUUAUUAAGAAAUUGCCAGAAAAAAUCGAACCCAAGGAGGGUGAACUAGCGAAAUUGGAAGUUAAAGUAAUUGGCAAACCUAAGCCAAAGGUUAAAUGGCUGCGCGACGACGAGGAGAUAUUCGCAUCGGAAGAAUAUCAAAUCGAAAAUUUCGAAGAUGGCACAUCAGUGCUCGUGAUCAAUCACGUAUAUCCCGAUGAUGUGGGCACUAUUAGCUUUGAGGCCCACAAUCCAUUGGGUAUAGCAGUGACAACGGCGCUCUUCGCGGUUGAAGGUAUCGUUGGAACCAAGGAUUAUCGCAAACCGGAAUGGGUUACACACAUGGAGGAGAUGCAGAAGGCGCUCAAAGCCGCUAAAUGCUCGCCAUCGAUAGUUAAUGAAUUGCGUGAUUGCCGUGCAGCCAGCGGCGAAAUAGCCAAAUUCGAAAUUCAAUUUGCAGGAAAUCCCAAACCAGAUAUACAAUGGUAUUUUAACAAU